AGAUUUCCCCUCCGUUUGCCAAUAGGCAGUUCUCAUUCCAACCAGGGACUGCUGUUGAAAUCCGUCCAGAUUUUCGGCUGACCUUCUGUUCUUGCUCCCCCUCCCCUUUCCUUUAAAGAGAUUGUAUAUAUCUAUUUUUUUCCUUCCCCUGCUGUGUGUUCAAUGGGGGGAGACGACCCCCCAUACAGCCUGGGAAGGAUUUUCCCCCACCACCUUUUUGCCCUGCAAUUAUGUUAGCGAAUAUUUUGCAAAAACAAAAACCCAAACCAAAAUUAACUAGAUUUUUUUUCUUUCUGUUAAAACAAAUCCUACAUCGUUUGAGACUCUUUGAGUUUCUUGUUUUAAAAUUAAUAUCUUGACGGAUAAGCUGACAAAAGGAAAGGGUGUUCCCCCAUCAUUUGGGGGGUAGAUCCCCCAGGAUGUAUUCACAAGGACGGCAUGCUACUUCGCUUCAGUCUGGGCAGCCCUUCAAAUUCUCAGUGCUAGAAAUCUGUGACCGGAUUAAAGAAGAAUUCCAUUUCCUCCAGGCUCAGUAUCACAGCCUGAAGCUGGAAUGUGAAAAGUUGGCCAGCGAGAAGACAGAAAUGCAGCGGCAUUAUGUGAUGUAUUAUGAAAUGUCCUAUGGCUUGAAUAUUGAGAUGCAUAAGCAGGCUGAGAUCGUAAAGAGGUUAAGUGCCAUCUGUGCCCAAAUUAUCCCUUUUCUGACACAAGAGCAUCAACAGCAGGUGCUGCAGGCCAUGGAUCGAGCCAAGCAGGUGACAAUGGGGGAGCUGAACAGCAUUAUUGGGCAGCAGCAGCUCCAGCACCUCUCUCAUCACACCCCUCCCAUUCCGCUGACCCCUCACCCCUCAGGCUCCCAGUCUUCCAGCUUGGCUGGUGUGAGCACCACCUCCAGCUUGCUGGCACUAUCCAGUGUGCUGGCAGCUCAGACCCAGCCAGCAUCGAAGGAUGAAAGAGGGCCUCAGGACCCCGAGAACAACAGAGAACCCCACUCAAGCCGGAGCAAUUCAGCGUCUCCUCCCGAGAGCUCGCAAGAAGAGGAACAGCUGGACAGCACAGGGGUGAGGCACAAGCAAGAGGCCAAAGAGGAGGCAGGGCAUUACGAGAGUGAUGGGGAGAGAAGUGAUUACAACCUGGUUGUUGAUGAGGAUCCUACUUCUGAGCAUGAUAUGCCUCUCUGCAUGUCCACUGCCAAGCUUCUGCCUAGCCGGAGGGAGAUCCCCGACAGUCCACCUUCCCUGGCCUCCAGUCGGAGCACCACUCCUCUCAAAGCAAAAGACCAGAAUUUAAGCGAUAAUCCCACCAGCCUUUCCACCUGCAAGUCACCUGGUCUGUCUGCAUCCCAGGAGUCCUUAACUUCAGGGCCUGGGCCCAGCGCCACCUCCCAGGUCCGGCAAAUUUUCUCUAAGUCUUCGGCCACAGAUGCCAUCACCCUACGCAGUCCUCUGAGCAUGGCAGGCUCCUACACUUCCUCCUUUGGGAUCGUACCCCAUGCUGCUCUCAACGGUGAACUAGCUGCAUCCAGCUCAUAUGUCAGCAUCCACCUCUCCCCCCAGAUCAGUGGGACGGUGUUAUAUGGACGCUCCCCUGUGGUAGCCUUUGAAUCCCACCCGCACUUGCGUGGAUCAAGCAUCUCCUCUUCCCUCCCAGCCAUUCCUGGGGGCAAGCCGGCCUACUCCUUCCACGUGAGUGCCGAUGGUCAAAUGCAGCCGGUCCCCUUCCCACCUGACGCCCUCAUUGGCUCUGGCAUCCCGCGGCAUGCCCGCCAGCUCCACACACUGACCCACGGCGAGGUGGUGUGCGCCGUGACCAUCAGCAACUCCACCCAACACGUCUACACGGGAGGGAAGGGCUGUGUAAAGGUGUGGGACGUGGGGCAGCCUGGUGCCAAGACUCCCAUUGCGCAGCUGGACUGCCUGAACAGAGACAAUUACAUCCGCUCCUGCAAGCUUCUUCCCGAUAGCCGGAGCCUCAUUGUGGGCGGGGAGGCCAGCACCCUCUCCAUCUGGGACCUGGCAGCUCCUACCCCGCGGAUCAAGGCGGAGCUGACUUCCUCUGCCCCGGCCUGCUAUGCCCUGGCCAUCAGCCCCGAUGCCAAGGUCUGCUUUUCCUGCUGCAGCGACGGGAACAUUGUGGUGUGGGACCUGCAGAACCAAACCAUGGUCAGGCAAUUCCAAGGUCACACGGAUGGCGCCAGUUGCAUCGAUAUCUCCAAUUAUGGCACCAAGCUAUGGACAGGGGGGCUGGAUAACACUGUGCGGUGCUGGGACCUCCGCGAAGGCCGGCAGCUUCAGCAGCACGACUUCAGCUCCCAGAUCUUCUCCCUGGGCUACUGCCCCACAGGCGAAUGGCUGGCUGUGGGAAUGGAGAGCAGCAACGUGGAGAUCCUGCAUGUGACCAAAUCGGAGAAGUACCAGCUCCACCUUCACGAGAGUUGUGUCCUGUCCCUCAAGUUUGCCUCCUGUGGAAAAUGGUUUGUCAGUACGGGUAAAGACAACCUCCUGAAUGCCUGGCGGACCCCUUACGGUGCAAGCAUAUUCCAGUCCAAAGAAUCCUCAUCAGUUCUGAGCUGUGACAUCUCUGCCAACGACAAAUUUAUUGUGACGGGUUCCGGUGACAAGAAGGCUACCGUUUAUGAAUUGGUGUACUGAGGGGGUGGGGGGAGUUCAGUUGGCCUCUCCAUUACUCCUUCUCCUUUAUUGGACACACUUUGUUUGGGAUGCUGACUGCAAAUCCUUCUAACAAGAGCUUCUCCUAGAAAUCUGAUUCUGCAAUUCCAGCAGACAUCCCCCGCCCCCAAUACCUUACAGCCAUAAGGACUAGAAUCUUGCCUGCUCCUUCCUCCACUCUGUUAAAUAGCUGAUUCUCAGGAAACUGAAUUCCACAUCCAAAAGUUGUUCUGUUCCGCCACACAAUCCACAGUACUGUGAAA